UUCCGCUUCUGGGCGGGGCGAUGUUGACGAGCGGUUUGGCGAGAGCGGGAAAUGGCGGGUGAAAUGGAGGUGGCGGCGGCGGCAGAGGCGAUAUCUCCCUCUGCUUGCCCGCCUGGCGACCCGAGGGUGCCGUGCCGCUCCCGUGACUGGACCAGCGAGUUGCUGGGGGAAUACGCGCCUUUGGUGGAGAGGCUGGGCGCGGAGCAGGCUGUGGAGGCCGAGGCCCUCAAGCAGGCCGUGGACGAGGCGCUCUGGAACUUUGAAACAGCUGUGCAAAAGAACAUCACUGUUAACGGGCAGCCAUGGCAGGAGUCAUCUGAUGAUCUUCAUAAUGAUAUGACUAUCAAACUCAUAGAGGAUAAGCUAGAUGAUCUAAUAGUAGAGGUGGCUUCCAAGCGUAGUCAAUAUCCCAGGGAAGUGAAAAUUCACCUUAUCAAGGCCCUCAAAACAAAGAAAAAAUUGCUGGGCUGCCGUCAAACUUCAGGAAAUCGUCAAGAAAUAACAACAAAACCUUCUCAAGAUUUGCAUAUGGCAGAUUUGAGUCUUGCCACAAAAAAUGCCAUGAGACACAUUGAAGAAUCAUUUAAGUCUUUGUCGCUCCUUGUGGGAAAAGCGGAAGGUUUCUCAAAAGCUGUAUCUCUGCAGCCAACUUUGGAACCGUACGAACUUGACCAAGAAAUUGUCUCUGGCUCAGAAGGGAAAAAAGAGAACAAAAUCGAUGUCAAAGACCUCGCAUCACAAGUGGAAGUCACACUCCCACCAACUGCUAGUAGUAACUCUGUUCUGCUCAAAAUAAAGGGACCGUUGCAUCCCCCACAGAAUCGCUAUCCACUUCGACAAAGAAAGAUCAAUCUCGAUACUUGAGGACAGCUGCAUAGCUUUAUAACCUUCCUCUUUUAUAUAUGAAUUUUGUCUGCAGCAACUAAGCACAAACUGCCAACGCACCCAAGGUGGUGUCCUUUGGAAACUGUACAAUGACACAGAUCUCAGAUGGUAGUGUGGAGGAACCUAUUGCUAGAUAUUCUCAUAGCUCUCAAUAUUACAUUGAGUGCUUAUGCAUAUGCUGAAUUAAAUUUGAGCAUUUUUCUUGGAAAUGGAAACCUGGAGCUGCUCCAUAACAAAACGGGCAGCAACGAAACCCUGUGUUUCUUACAAAAGCUGGAGUUGUUCUCCAGUGAGUAAUUGCACAGUGUAGAAAGCUAUGUGUUAGGAUGCUCAAGUUUCUGGUUCAUCAUCCAAGGAGAAGAUUCCAUGUCAUGAGUCAGUAGUCCUGUGUGUUUAAGAGCAGUUUUGCACUAAGUAUCUGCCUUCAAAAAAAAAAAAGGAAAAGGAAAGACAGGUCCCAACCCAGCUACAAAUACCCAGUGACUUAGAUACGUGUAAAAGGGCCAUGUGGAUCACAACAUGCCUUGCUUCAGAUGGAUCCUUCACUAAACAUCAAAAAAGGACUUGGCGGAAGGGCUGUAAUUCAACAGGGCCACUUAAUCCUUCCCACACCUGCUGUUUUGUCCCCAGAUUUCUCUUUUGCAACUGUUUUUUUAUUUCAAUAGUACAUAUGUCCAUCUUAAUUCGUCUUCUGUCCACAACACCUUAAUUCAACAUUGUUAAGUGGAGACCCAAUCACCCUGUCCCAGAUUUGCUGCCAAACAAUUGGUUUUCUCAAGCAGCUUGGAAUAUAUAUAUCUCCUUUGGAAUGCUAAAGGAAAUAGUCAUUUCCAUAGUAUGUUGCUUUUACAUUAAAACAAUCUAGUGGUACAUAUUUCAGUCUGGUAUUAAUACAUAUAUCUUAAAUUAGAAUCAGAAUGGUCCUCAAUACACAUACUGGAUUUUCAGUGAAAAGCCAGUUUAGGAUUAAUAGCUAUGAUCCCAUAUGACCAUUGCGUAUUGCGUAACACCAUAACUGUGGAGCUAUGUAAUGGAUCCUCUCCAGACUCACUUCUCAAGCCCCACUUACUGGUAAGCUGUGAUGGAGUUCUGUUCCUCUCAAUCAAGGAAAAGGCCCCUGUCACUCACACGAAGGGGAUGGGAACAUCAGUCAGCUACUUUUUGUCUACAAGGGCAUGGAUUCCUUUUGAUCCCAUUGGGAUUUUCGCAGUCUCUACUAAGAACUAUGUAGGAAUUGCAAAUACUCCGAACUGCCUAAUAUGAUUCUGACCACUACUCUGUGUAUUGCAUUACAAUUGUUUAAAGCACUCUUAUUCUAGAAUUCGUGUGGGGGAAAAAAUCAAACUAUGCUGUUUCUCAGGUGAAUUCCAUAUAGAUGUAUAUCUGUGUUUUCUUAAAAGUAAGUGAUGGUAUUUUCUAGGUCACUUUUAAAAACUAUAACCUUAUAAUUGAUGGUGCUAAGCUGACAUAUAUCCAGGGAGAUCUCUAAAGAGGCAGUUCUUAAGUUGGAAUUGCUGGACUUUACAUGCUUAGAAGCUGGCACUAUAUGUCUCUGUGCUUGCUUUAAAACAGCACAUAAUGCUUCUUUGGCUUGUACCGAAACUAUCACAGAGGCAUCUGUAGAUUAAUUGUUUCUGCCUUUUUAAAAAAGCUCAAUCUUCUGUCUUAUCCUGUCCACCAAAAUCCUGAAUCCCCUGUAUUUUAAAAAGAGUCCAUUCAUUUAUAUACAUACCAUAACUGCACUAAAAAGUUAGCUUUUUGGAAUUUCCAAAAUUGGCACUUAAAAGUAUUGUUUUCGUUUCUACUAAUUAGUUUCACUGGGGAUAGCAUUGUUUCUAAAUGGGCAAAAAAGAUUUUAUGUGAAUAAAAUUAUUAUUGUUUGUUUGUAUUUUUUGUCAAGUAACUAAUCAAAUGACCAAGAAAUUGCUCUAUAUUUCAUUCCUGACAUUUUAUGUUAAAUACAUGUCUCAGUGGAGUAGCGUUUGUUUUCUGUACAUUUCAUUUGUCUCUUCUGUAAAAUGUAUAUUUGUAUAUAAAGCUUUCUUUUUAUACCCACA